AACCAAUGAUCAUGUCUUCCGUUACUUUCUCUCUUCUCUUUCCUUAAUUUCAUUUUCUAUCUCCAAUUCCAUGGAAGCCGUUCGAGACUCAUCAGAAACUCUUGCUUCCACGACAACGUCUUCUCCGUCUCCCUCCGACGAUGUAAACGUUAAGAAUCGUGGAAAACAAUCAAUUCCUCUCUCAAUAAGAAGAUCUCGAGCUGGCUUCUCUGAUUCUUUCUCUUCUCAUGAUGAAGAACAAAUAGCAACAUUCUGCACCAACAAAUCAGAAUCAGACGAUGAUUUACUAAAUACAGAAUCUGAAACAUUAUCAUCUUCCGUGUUGAGCACGUCAGACACAUCAUCAUCAGAAGCUAAUCAUCAUCCCCAUCGCCGUCAUCAUCACUCGCAUGUAGGUCCUACCAACGGUCACUGGAGAGGUUUCCACCGUUUACUCAAGAAAGGAUCAUCAGCUAUGCCAUUCAAUACAUUCUCACAUCUCAAAGGAGUCCCUAAACUAACCAGACGCAAGAGCAAACGCAUAAAAGACAACAUGGUCCCUGCUCUACCUGCUGCUGCUCUUGACACUGAUGACUUGUUCCUUUUCAAACCUUCCUGGAAAAAUUAUUCCCUCCAAGAUAUUCAAACCGCGACAAAUGGCUAUAGCCCUGAGAAUCUGAUCGGAGAAGGAGGAUAUGCGGAGGUCUACAAGGGAGAGAUGGCAGAUGGGCAGAUAGUAGCCAUAAAGAAACUGACUAGAGGGUCUGCGGAAGAGAUGACGAUGGAUUAUUUGUCAGAACUAGGGAUCAUAGUUCAUGUAGAUCAUCCAAACAUUGCUAAGCUUAUUGGAUAUUGUGUUGAAGGAGGAAUGCAUCUUGUUCUUGAGCUUUCUCCUAAUGGAAGCCUCGCUUCUUUGCUCUAUGAGGCGAAAGAUAAACUGAGUUGGAGCAUAAGAUACAAAGUGGCGAUGGGAACAGCUGAGGGACUGUACUAUCUCCAUGAAGGUUGUCAGAGAAGGAUCAUUCAUAAAGACAUCAAAGCAUCUAACAUCCUUCUCACUGAGAACUUUGAGGCUCAGAUAUCUGAUUUUGGGCUGGCGAAAUGGCUACCAGACCAAUGGACUCACCAUACUGUAUCCAAAGUCGAAGGAACAUUCGGUUACCUUCCGCCAGAGUUCUUCAUGCACGGGAUUGUAGACGAGAAAACAGAUGUAUACGCUUUUGGUGUACUGCUUCUUGAGCUCAUUACUGGUAAACAAGCCAUCGACAGCUCACAACACAGCGUUGUCAUGUGGGCCAAGCCAUUGAUCAAAGAGAACAAGAUCAAACAACUUGUUGAUCCGAUUUUGGGAGAUGACUACGACUUAGAAGAGUUGGACCGUCUUGUCUCCAUAGCGUCCUUGUGUAUACACCAAACUUCCAUGAACCGACCUCACAUGAGUCAGGUUGUGGAGAUUCUGAAGGGAGACAAGUGCAGCUUAGAUAAGUUAAGAGAAGGAGAAAACGCAAAACUGCAGAGAACAUACUCGGAAGAACUAUUGGAUAACGAAGAAUACAACUCAACAAAAUAUUUAAACGAUAUUAAUCGACACAUGGAGACUCUUCUCGGAACGUCAAACGACUCUUGAAACAUCUUACUGGUUAAGUUUAUAGAGGAUGAUUCACUUAUUGCAUAUGUAUUUGAUCAUGAUCAUGGUGUUGUGUUCUUCCAUAUUUGACUUAUUGUUUGUUAAAUGUUAUCCUAUUGUUCUGUAUGUUUAUUACUAAAAUAUAUAAUAUUAAAUUCUAAA